AUGCCUGCUACAACGGAGCAAGAGGUGAACUUUCUGCAGAGGCGUAUCGCCGAUCUGGACGGCCAGCUCAGCGCCUUCAAACAGCAGCUCGCCCAAGCGGAGUCGCAACUCUCUAAGCCAGCUCCAAACGAACAGAACCCACGGAGCGAGAUCACGGAUGUAAGAGACCCAGACGCCACGCGAUUGAUCUUUGCGCUAAUCUCACUCCCAGGAGCUCUAUCAAGCUCUCGAGGCAGAUAACUCAGAGUCCUCAUCCUUCCUCCGACUCCCUGCCGAGCUUCGCAACAGCAUUUACGAGCUCGUCCUUCCGCAGAACCGAACGCUUCGCGUCAAUCGCCACACCAAGACUAACAAUGUGGGCCGCAUCGUAGCAGACUGGCAUCGCAGCUUCUUGGAUCGUCAGUCCCUCCAGCCUGCGCUCCUCUACGUGUGUCGCCAAACCCGCCGUGAGACGACGCCCAUGUUCUACCUCCACAACUCCUUCGACGUGAACGUGGCGGAAACCGAGGACUUCAUGGACCUGCGCAAGUACAACUUCGCUAGAGCGGAGAGCUGGCUGUGCAACGUUCCGCAUGCCUAUCGAAGCCAAUUGCGACUCACCAUCAGUGUCUACCCGAAGCGAGGUGGUCCCGUGGACACUCAGCGGAUUCUGAGAACCAUUCUCAGAGUCAAGCAUGGCGUUACGCUCGGCCAUUGGUUUUCUGCUUGGUUCGUGGACCUCCGUGGUAUGAAUUUGAGCUUCGAAAAUCCGGAAUGGAAUGACCGACACUACUAUCGCGUACGCUGGGUGGGUCCUCGUUGA